UGACACAACCACGGCGAACCCCCGUGGCUCCAUCACGAAGCAUUGAUUUGUGACAAGCUGUUGUUUAAACGUAUCGCGGGGCUGACCAUCUUCCAAGUCGUGACAUCGUGAGAAGAUCCCAAGAAAUACACCACGAAACGUCGGCGCCAUGACGUCCGAGCAGAAGCCCAAGGUCAAGCUCUACUGGCUUGAACAGUCCAGAGCACAGAACAUCCUGUGGCUCCUCGAGGAGCUCAAGGUCGACUACGAGGUCGAGGUCUUCCAUCGGAACAAGCAGACCCUCCUGGCGCCCCCCGAGCUCGCCAAGAUCCAUCCCUUGGGCAAGUCGCCCGUGAUUGACAUCUUCCCCACCGGCUCUGGCGAGUCCAUCACGCUGGCCGAGAGCGGCUACAUGACCCAGUACCUGUGCGAGCACUUUGGCCAGGACACCAACCUCAUUCCCAAGAAGUGGAAGGAUGGCCAGGAGGGAAAGCUGGGUGGCGAGACGGAGGGGUACUCGAGGUGCCAGUACCUCCUCCACUACGUCGAGGGAAGUCUGCUGCCUGUCCUGACUCUGUCUCUUGUCAUUGGAGCCCUCAAAUCCGACAACGUGCCCUUCUUUGUGCGCCCCAUCACUUCGGUGGUCGCCAACAAGAUCUUCAGCAUGAUGGUCUUCCCCAAUGCCAAGAAGCACCUUGCCCUGAUCGACCAGAUGCUCGAGACGUCGCCCAACGGCGGCAAGUACCUCUGCGGCGAGCACCUGUCGGCCGCCGACAUCCUCCUCAGCUUCGCCCUCAUCGCGGCGGAGCCCCGUUUCGACACGCUGGGCAGCUGGCCCGGCGGUUCCGCCCGGGCAGCGCACCCGCGCGUGUUUGAGUACAUUGACCGACUCAAGAAGGAGCCUGGAUAUGAGCGCUCGGCGCAGAAGAUCCGAGAAAUCGACGGCAAGUUUGAGGCCACCAUCUCCAAGAUGUAGGGUCUCGACGCGUGUUGAUUGGGGUCGGGACGAGGGAUGGGAGCGAAGGGGACAUACAUAUAUAUACAUAUACCCACUGGACUAAAUUGAUGACUGCC